UCCCAGGCGAACUGUGAGCACUAACUACUGUGUGUGUGUGUCUUUAUACCUAUGUGUGUGUGCCUUAAUGCCUUUGUGUGUGUGUUUGUGUCUUUAUACCAAUAUGUGUGUGUGUGUGUGUGCCUUAAUGCCUGUGUGUGUGUGUGUGUGUGUGUGUAUGUGUGUGUGUGUGUGUGUGUGAGCCUUUAUACCUAUAUGUGUGUGUGUGUAUGUGUGUGUCUUUAUGUCUGUGUGUGUAUGUCUUUAUACCUAUGCAUUUGUGUGCCUUUAUACGUGCGUGUAUGUUCCUGUACCAAUAUAAUGUUGCUCUUCUUCUGACAAAUGUUAUUUUGUAAGUCAUUUUGGAUAAGAGUGUCAUCUAAUGCCCUAAAUGUAAAUGUGUGUUUGCCUUUAUACGUAUGCGUGUGGGUCGUGUAAAUAUCAUCUAUCUAACUAUAAUAUACAAUCAAAUAAAUAUUAUACAGUAUAAACCAUGUUUAUAUAAUUACUAGUCAAUUGAAAUGGGAUGUCUAUACAUUCUCCUCGGAUAGUUUGCGUUUGCAUUGCCUGGAGCCACGAAGUCUGAUAUUGAGGCCAAUCGACUGACAUCUUUGAUGUGUAGAUUACUUUAACAGUCUUGCAGCCUUGCAGACAUCUCCACUUCCCCCAUAGUGUAUUGCACUUUAACUUGGCCUCUCCUGCCAAUCCUAAACUCUCCACAAUGGUCAAACAUGAUGGAAAAGUUUCCUAAUAGGAAUCAUGGUAACAAAUUGUUUCACUGGAUGUAUGCUUGGUAACUUUGCUGCCCGCCUCUUCACCUGAUCAGGCUCUAAUAUUAAAUCAAAUAUUUUGCUGGCCUGAUCUUUUUAAAUCCAGCUGCUAAAUACAUUUUAGGCCUUCAUUUUUAAUUCUGUUUUAUUUUGUUGCAUGAGAUGUUUUUAUGUGAAGCACAUUGAGCCUGCCUUCUGUAUGAAAUGUGCUGUAUAAAUAAAUUUGUCUUGAAGUAGUUUACAGACUACGGACUACAGUGCGUCGAUUCACUAAAGUGAACCAGACUGAACCGUGGCCCCUCCAGACGGCUGCAGCGCAGACACAAUUAUUGAUGGACGGUACCUGGCAACCCAAAGCUGACAGGAACAGGCUCUGGGUCUCGUAUGGUCUCGACUGCUAAGAGCUGGGUGUGUACAGCAUGGAAAUCGGGGAAAUACAUUUACAUUUAUAGAAACGAUAACCAAAGUACCUACAAAGAAGCCUAAAGGAAUACAGUCAGACUUUGGAUUCUGUUGGAGGCCAAAUGGCGCAGCGAAACUCCCCGCUAGACAGGGACAGAUACUGCUGUUCCAUCUGUCUGGAUCUGCUGUUUAAUCCGGAGACUCUUGCUUGUGGCCACAGCUACUGUUUGGACUGCAUCACAGGACACUGGGACAAUGAGGAUGAAAAGGACAUAUACAGCUGUCCCCAGUGCAGACAUGUCUUUGAACCAAGACCAGCUCUGGUAAAGAACACCGUUCUAGCUGAUGUCAUGGAGGAUCUCAAGAGGACACGACUGCGAGACGCUCCCCCUGACCACUGCUAUGCUGGACCUGAAGAUUUGGGCUGUGAUCUCUGUGCUGGGAGGAAGAUGAAGGCCAUCAAGUCCUGCCUGGGUUGUCAAGCUUCCUUCUGUGAGGAGCACCUCCAGAGUCACUUUCAAGUUCCUGGGCUAAAGAGACACAUUCUGGUGGAACCAACAGCAGACCUUCAGGACAACAUCUGCCCCCUUCACGAUGAGGUAAUCAGGAUGUUCUGCUGUCAGGAUCAACAAAGUAUCUGCUGUGUUUGUGCUGUGGGUGAACACAAAGGCCAUGACAUGAUCUCAGUCGAGGCAGAGAGAAAUAAAAGGCAGGAAGACCUCGGCAGCCACCAGAAAACCACAAGGACAAGAAUUCAGAAGGGAUGGGAAGACCUCAAAGUGCUUCAUCACAAGAUAGACGCUAUCAAUCAGUCUGCUGAUGAAACAUUGAGUGAUGUCGAUGAGGCCUUUGCUGAGAUGAUCCGUCCCCUUGAGAGUCAGAGGUUGGACAUUAAAGAGAUGAUCAGGACCAAUCAGCAGGCUGCAUUGAGCUGGCUAAAAGACCUGCAUACGGAUCUGGAGUGGGAGAUCGUUAACAUGAAGAGGAGUGAAGCUGACCUGAAGCAUCUCUCCCACAUCCAGAGCCACGUCACGUUUCUACAGAACUACCCUCAGAACGUGCAUCUCAAGGAACACAAUGGCUUAACAACCAGAGAUAUCCCUCCAAUCUCUAUAUCUUCUGCAGGAGGAAACAGCUUCCACCCUUCGUUCAUCAACCUCCUCUGCCUGGUCCAGACCUCAGUGGUCUCCUCCUAG